UGACACACUCAACUCUCAAGUCCGCAGGGAACAAUUGUCAACGUCAGUCAACGUAUGUCGUACAACAAACAUUGCAAAAUAAAAAAGUCAAGUGUAAAAAAAACAAUUUUAAUCAUAAAAAUUAAUUUAGAUUAAUAAAAAAUUAACAACAAACAAUAAAAAUGCCGCGAAUAAUGAUAAAGGGUGGUGUCUGGCGAAAUACAGAGGAUGAAAUACUAAAAGCAGCAGUGAUGAAAUACGGUAAAAACCAAUGGAGCCGUAUUGCAUCAUUACUCCAUAGAAAAUCAGCAAAACAAUGUAAGUCUCGUUGGUUUGAGUGGCUUGAUCCAAGCAUCAAAAAAACUGAAUGGAGUCGAGAAGAGGAUGAAAAACUUUUGCAUACUGCAAAAUAUAUGCCAACGCAAUGGAGAACAAUAGCACCAAUGAUUGGUCGUACAGCUAUUCAGUGUCUUGAACGUUAUGAGUAUUUAUUGGAUCAAGCACAAAAAAAAGAAGAAGGUGAAGAUGGUAUUGAUGAUCCAAGAAAGCUAAAACCUGGUGAAAUUGAUCCAAAUCCAGAAACAAAACCAGCUCGUCCUGAUCCAAAAGAUAUGGAUGAAGAUGAACUUGAAAUGUUGUCUGAAGCUCGUGCAAGAUUAGCAAAUACUCAGGGUAAAAAAGCUAAACGUAAGGCUCGUGAAAAGCAACUUGAAGAAGCAAGACGUCUUGCUGCAUUACAAAAAAGACGUGAAUUACGUGCUGCUGGAAUAACAGUUAAUCCAAAAAAUAAACGUAAACGUGGUGUUAAUUAUAAUGCUGAAAUACCAUUUGAAAAAAAACCAUCAGCUGGUUUUUAUGAUACAUCAAAUGAGCAUGUUGAUCCAUUAGCUGCUGAUUUUUCAAAAAUGCGUCAACAACAUUUAGAUGGUGAGCUUAGACUUGAUAAAGAAGAACAAGAACGUCGUAAAGAUAAACAAAAAUUAAAAAAUAAAAAAGAAAAUGAUAUACCAACGGGAAUGUUAAAUAAUGAUGAACCAGUUAGAAAAAGAAGUAAAUUAGUUGUACCAGAACCACAAAUAUCUGAUGCUGAAUUACAACAAGUUGUUAAAUUUGGACGUGCAUCUGAAUUUGCACGUGAAUAUGCUGCUGAAAGUGGUAUAACAUUAUCUGAUAGUUUAUUAGCUGAUUAUUCAUUAACACCAAAUGCAACAGCAACACCAAGAACACCACUUGUUACUGAUCGUGUUUUUCAAGAAGCCCAAAAUGUCAUGGCAUUAACACAUGUUGAUACACCAUUAAAAGGUGGUUUAAAUACACCGUUAUAUAAUCCAAAUUUUGGUAGUGUUGUACCACUAUCAAAUGCAACACCAACACCAAAUACAAUAUUAGCAACACCAUUUAGAGUACAAAAACAAAAUGAUGGUACUCCAUUAUCAUCUUCAUUCAAUACACCUGGAUCAGUUAAAAAUACACCAGGUAUUUUAGCACCAACACCAGUCAGAGAUAAAUUAAAUAUUAAUCCAGAAACAAGUAUUGAUGGAGCUGAAACACCAGCUGAACAAAAACAAUUAAAACAACAAUUAUCACUUGAUCUUGGUGCAUUACCAGCACCAAAAAAUGACUAUCAAAUUGUCAUACCAGAUAAUGAAGUAGCUGAUGAAACAGCUGAUAAUCAAGAUGAUAAUAUUAUUGAAGAUCAAGCUGAUAUUGAUGCUAGAAAACAUGAAGAAUAUUUACUUCAACAAAAGAAAGAAUUAGAAAAAAGAUCCAAAGUUAUACAAAGAAAUUUACCAAGACCAUCUGAGGUAAAUACAGAUAUUUUUCGUGAUAGUGGCUCAUUAACUGAUCUUCAAAAAGCUGAAGAAUUAAUUAAAAAAGAAAUGAUUGGUAUUAUGCAAUAUGAUGCUGUUUUAAAUCCAGUUCAACAAAGUAAUACAAAACGUGGACAAACAAUAAUUUCACAAGCACAAAAGUAUAUUGAAGAUCAUCCAUAUGAAGAUUAUGAUAAAGAAGAUUUAGAUAAUGCUAGUAAAAUGAUUGCUGAUGAAAUGCAAAUUGUUAAAGAAGGUAUGGCACAUGGAGAAUUAAGUAUUGAUGCUUAUACAACUGUAUGGGAAGAAUGUCUUGGUCAAAUAUUAUAUUUAGAACCACAAAAACGUUAUACAAGAGCAACACUUGCUAUUAAAAAAGACAGAAUUGAAGCAUAUAAAAGAAAAUUAGAAGAAAAUCGUAAUCAUAUGGUUCGUGAAGCUAAACGUGCUGCUAAAAUGGAAAAUAAAUUGAAAAUUCUAACUGGUGGUUAUCAAACACGUUCACAAGUAUUAACAAAACAACUUAAUGAUUUAUGGGAACAAGUUGAACAAUCACAACUUGAACUAUCAACAUUUAAAUUUCUUCAAAGUCAAGAAGAUGCUGCUUUAACAAGAAGAGUUAGUUGCUUAACUGAAGAUGUUAAUAGACAAGUUGAACGUGAAAAAUCAUUACAAUCAAGAUAUGCAAAACUUCAAGAAGAACUUGAAGUAUUACAAGUCAAGUAAUUAAAAAAGAUAAUAUUUAAAUUUUUAAAAUAUAAUUUUAAGUUUACAUUAUCAUUAUUUAAUAAAUAAACAAUUUAUUCAAAAAUAUUUUGUUUUUUUAUUUUUUUCACUCAAUCAUCACAAUAUGUCUCGCUAUUUUAUUUUCUGAAUUAAAAAAAAUUAUGUCAUAUAAAAA